AUGGUGGGCGCCGGUGCUCCUCCGCUCGAUGACUUCAACAUCAACGGCAGCUCCCAGCCGAAGAAGGUGGCGUACUUCUACGACUCGGAUGUGGGCAAUUACGCAUAUGUCGCCGGCCAUCCCAUGAAGCCGCACCGCAUAAGGAUGGCCCACAGCUUGAUCAUGAACUAUGGUCUCUACAAGAAGCUUGAAAUCUACCGUGCGAAGCCCGCGUCCAAGUUCGAGAUGACGCAGUUCCACACCGAUGAGUACGUCGACUUUCUGCAGAAGGUCACCCCGGACAACAUGGACAACUUUGCCAAGGAGCAGAGCAAAUUCAACGUCGGCGACGACUGCCCUGUGUUUGAUGGCUUGUUUGAGUACUGUGGCAUCAGUGCGGGUGGCAGUAUGGAGGGUGCCGCGCGCCUCAACCGAGGAAAGUGUGACGUCGCUGUCAAUUGGGCCGGCGGCCUCCAUCACGCUAAGAAGAGCGAGGCCAGUGGAUUCUGCUACGUCAACGACAUUGUGCUCGGUAUCAUUGAGCUCCUCCGUUUCAAACAGCGCGUUCUGUACAUCGACAUCGACGUCCACCAUGGCGACGGUGUCGAAGAAGCUUUCUACACCACUGACCGCGUCAUGACCGUGUCCUUCCACAAGUAUGGCGAAUAUUUCCCGGGCACAGGAGAGUUGCGUGACAUUGGCGUUGGAAACGGCAAGCAUUACGCCGUCAACUUCCCACUGCGUGAUGGUAUUACGGACGAGACGUAUAAGGGCAUAUUCGAGCCUGUCAUCAAGGCUGUCAUGGACUGGUACAGGCCGGAAGCCGUUGUCCUGCAAUGCGGAGGGGACAGCUUGUCUGGCGACAGGCUCGGCGCCUUCAAUCUCAGCAUGAGAGGGCACGCAAAUUGUGUCAGAUUCGUGAAGAGCUUCAAUCUACCAACCCUUGUACUCGGCGGAGGCGGCUAUACUAUGCGCAAUGUCGCACGCACUUGGGCGUACGAGACAGGCCAACUUGUUGGGUCCGAGUUGGGGCCUCAGCUUCCGUACAACGACUAUUUCGACUAUUUCGCUCCUGAUUUCGAGCUUGACGUCCGCCCUUCGAACAUGGAUAACGCAAAUUCGCCUGAAUACCUUGAUAAAAUCCGCGUCCAAGUCAUUGAGAACAUCAAGCGCACCGCAUUUGCUCCGUCGGUGCAGAUGACCGACGUCCCGCGGUCGCCGCUCAUGCCUGGCAUGGAUGAGGAGGCAGAAGACGAGAUGAACGACAUGGACGAGGAUGAGAAUCCGGAUUCUAGGUUCACUCAGCACCGUUGGGACAAGCGGGUGGAAAAGGAUGGAGAACUCAGCGAAAGCGAGGACGAGGGUGAGAAUGAAAAGCAAGGCGUGCGAAAGCAACCGGGCAAGAAGCGCAGGAUGAACAUCAUGGAUUAUCAAAACGCGAACGCCAUCGACAGUGACGAUACUCCCAGGCCCAGCAGCGCCAACGGUGCAGCUGCAGCAAGCAACACCAGCGCUCCUGACACAGGGAAAUCCUCAAGGCGCGCGAGCCCUACAACGGCGGCUGAAGCGAGUACUAGCCAGCCCGCCUCGACUGCUCAGUCUCCGACCCCUGUGGUCACUGAAACAAGAGCGGCGCAGGAAACGGAUGUUGAUGGCGACGUUGCUAUGUCCAGCGCUCCCGAAGCCCCCGCCGCGGCCACGGAGGAAACUGAGGCAAAUGCUUCUGCGACGGCAGCAGCAGCAGCAGAAGAGCCCCCCACUGCCCUCACGCCUCCCGAUUCUCCUGCGGCUGUGCCAGCAGCAGCUGCUGCACCAGCAGAUGAAGCGACUCCCGCAGCCGCCGAGCCCGAAGAAGCACAGCCAGAGCCCAAGGUUGAAUCCGAGGCUGAGCAGCCAGCUACUGCUCCAAUCGGGGACAGCCCAGCUCCGCAACCCGGUACAACGGCCACUGCAGACACCACGGCCGAGGAUGUCGAGAUGAACGAUGCUGAGCCGGGCGUGCAAAAGGAGGAGGGUCUCAAGGAGAGGCAAGAAGAGGAGACCAAGGGCGAAGCUGCAAUGAAGACUGAAGCGGAGGCUGAGGCCUCCUGA